ACACCAACACCCACCUCUACACCAACACCAACCUCUACACCGACACCCACCUCUACACAGGCACCCACCAUUUCUACACCAACACCCACCUCUACACAGACACCCACCUCUACACUGACACCCAGCUCUACACCAACACCCACCAUUUCUACGCCGACACCCACCGCCUCUACAGCGACACCCAUUUCUGCACCGACACCCACCAACUCUAUGCUGACACCCACCUCUACACCGACACCCACCAUUUCUACACCAACACCCACCUCUACACUGACACCCACCAUUUCUACACCAACACCCACCUCUACACCAACACCAACCUCUACACCGACACCCACCUCUACACAGGCACCCACCAUUUCUACACCAACACCCACCUCUACACAGACACCCACCUCUACACUGACACCCAGCUCUACACCAACACCCACCAUUUCUACGCCGACACCCACCGCCUCUACAGCGACACCCACCUCUACACCGACACCCAUUUCUGCACCGACACCCACCAACUCUAUGCUGACACCCACCUCUACACCAACACCAACCUCUACACUGACACCCACCUCUACACCAACACCCACCUCUACACCAACACCCACCAUUUCUACACCAACACCCACCUCUACACUGACACCCACCAUUUCUACACCAACACCCACCUCUACACCAACACCCACCAUUUCUACACCAAAUCCCACCUCUACACUGACACCCACCAUUUCUACACCAACACCCACCUCUACACCAACACCCACCUCUACACCGACACCCACCUCUACACCAACACCCACCUCUACACCAACACCCACCAUUUCUACACCAACACCCACCUCUACACUGACACCCACCAUUUCUACACCAACACCCACCUCUACACCAACACCCACCUCUACACUGACACCCACCAUUUCUACACCAACACCCACCUCUACACCGACACCCACCUCUACACAGGCACCCACCAUUUCUACACCAACACCCACCUCUACACCAACACCCACCUCUACACCGACACCCACCUCUACACAGGCA